UAGCUUCAAUAUGGAAUAAUUUAUGAGUACCUAACGAAAUCGAAGUCGACAAUACCAUGUACGCGUCCGAUAUGAAGCUGAUUCAGUUUUAAUGUCAUUUGUGACAGUCAAUUGUCAUUAAAGAAAAUGCAGAGCGCCAAGGAAAUUUACACUAGCCUUCCCGAACCCAAAAGAGAAUCAGUGUACGAAAUACUACAAAUAAAUCUCAAACGUGCCGAUAGAAGAACGUUUGUUCAUAGAACUAUUGUAGUGGGAGAACAUAGUUUCGGAGUGAACUGGACUUGGGGUGUGGAGGAAGUUUUUCGGUCAAUUAUAACCGAAAUAAACGAGGCAUACACUGACGAAAAUCUGACCGGUUUGCUAAUAUGUUAUCCGAGUUUCUUUUGCCACCUCGUCGAAGGAUCGGAAGAAGCGCUGAUCGAAUAUAUUUCCACCCUAUUUAAAAAAUACGAUAACCAAUUAGGCAGCGUUAAGUUUCUAGCACCGUUCCAUCAUAUCUACAAAAGAGCAAUAGACAAAUGGAUAACUGUCAAAGGAAAUCCACCCAGGCUACUAAAUAAAAUAGAAGACGAUUGCGACAUCAGUGAAACUUGUCAUCAUGCACUUGUAUGUAUGAAGAAGCUGUUCAAACUGUGCAAUCUCAUAAAGUGUUAUGUUCCAAGCAGUCCUACCAAUAUGUCAUUAUCGGGAAGAAGUUCUACAGAUGACAGUCAGGAUAUAGUAUCCCAUUCCCUACUUUUGCCUAGAAGUAGCGCAUCUGUGGCUACAAUGAGUGUAGGGGACGUGGGAGGACAUUCAUUUGAAACGAGCAAAUGGAGAAUACUACUUCCGGAAAUUAAUGUUCUGACUUUCUUUCUCCAAUCGCCGUUUUUGCGCGACGUCAGAGAAAAAAUAAGUAUUUUGGAUACAAUCGCACCCCUAGAUAUUCCCGAAGAUUUAACGUGGCCUAUGGCAGCUGAAAAUGCGUGCGAUGAAAGAAUGUUUGAGCCACGACUCGAUCCAGCAAUCGAUCUUCCAAUAUCGAAGAAGUAGAAAAAUCGAUUCAUAAUGUGAUUUCUUACGCUACGAUGGUGAUUAUCAUUAACUUUACACUAUACUGUGUUAUGUAUACUCUUUUGUAUAGUUUAUUGCUAUUUUAUGUUUAUAUUUGUUUAAUGCAUACACAAUAUAUCAUUUAUACAAAGCCGAGUUGG